AUGGGAAUUCUACUUUGUUGUCUUCGAGUUCCAGGAGAAGAUGGUGAAUCUCAAAACGUACACAGAAUCACAGCCUUGAGUUACCCAAUAACGAAUAACUUUCUCUCCAAGUUCGAGCAACUAUCUCAAAACCUGGAAAGAGAGGAAAUUAUUUCCAAUGUCACCGAAGUCGAAGAAGACGUUUGUCCAACAUGUUUCUAUGAGUACAUUGAGGAGAAUCCGAAGAUAGUUUUGAAGUGUGGACAUAUGUUUCACCUUGCUUGCAUCUAUGAAUGGAUGGAGAGAAGUCAAGCUUGUCCCUUUUGUUCCAAGACAAUGCUUUUCUUGGAUGGUGAAAUCACAGAGCAAGUGGAGUAA